CGUUUGCCAACUAAGAAAAAAGAAAAGAAAAUCGCGACCCAUUUCCGACACGCCUCUCUCUCUCUCUCUGUGUUAAAUAUAAUCAGCCAUCGACCAUCACCCCAUACAAAUCUCCAGAAUAUCAUAAGUGGGAACCUUAAAACCCACACAUCAACCUCUCCCAAUUCAUUUUCAUUCCCCACAAAUUUCCAAUCCACAUCAUCUCUACUGCAUUCAUUUUCGUCCCUUGGGAAACCCCAAUUCCCCUGUCCACGCACCAAGCAAUCGGAAUCCUUUUUCCCGCAAAACGAACGACUUUUUUUUUUUUUUCUUUUUAUUGAAAUAAGUCAUUAUCAAAAUUGUUCGGUCUCUCGGUUGAUGGGCACAAUCGAAACUCGCAGAGAGUUUAUCCACUCCAAACCCUCGUCGUCACCAACGUCCUCUUCGGCCUCCACGUCGCGCACGGAGACCGUGAAUGGGACCCACGAGUUCAAGAUCAAGGGUUACUCGCUCGCCAAGGGCAUGGGGAUCGGCAAGUACAUAACCUCUGACACCUUCGCUGUGGGGGGCUAUGCCUGGGCCAUCUACUUCUACCCGGACGGCAAGAGCGCUGAGGACAACGCCGCCUACGUCUCCUUAUUCCUCGCCCUCGCCAGCGAGGGCACCGACGUCAGGGCGUUGUUCGAGCUCACGCUCUUGGACCAGAGCGGCAAGGGAAACCACAAGGUCCACAGCCAUUUUAAUCGGAUGCUCGACGGCGGGCCCUACACCCUUAAAUAUCGUGGAAGCAUGUGGGGUUAUAAACGCUUCUAUAAAAGAACUCUCCUUGAGACAUCUGACUACCUCAAAGAUGACUGUCUCAUAAUUCACUGUUGUGUUGGUGUUGUUAAAUCACAUACAGAGGGACCAAAGAUUUACUCUAUAACAGUUCCACCUUCUGAUAUUGGUCAGCAUUUUGGGAAACUUUUAGAAAGUGGAAAGGGAACUGAUGUCAGUUUUGAAGUUGAUGGGGAAGUUUUUGCUGCCCACAAGUUGGUGCUUGCAGCACGCUCGCCUGUGUUCAGAGCUCAACUUUUUGGUCCAAUGAAAGACCAAUACAGUCAGUCCAUUAAAGUUGAAGACAUGUUGGCUCCCGUUUUUAAGGUUAUACUCUAUUUCAUAUACUGGGAUGCAUUACCAGACAUGCAAGAGCUUUUUGGUCUUGAAUCUAAGUGGGCUUCUUCACUGAUGGCCCAACAUCUGCUCGCAGCAGCAGACCGAUAUGCCCUUGAGAGGCUCAGAUUGCUCUGUGAGGCUAAACUUUGUGAGGAUGUUGCCAUAAACACUGUGGCAACAACAUUGGCCUUGGCAGAGCAGCACCAUUGUUUCCAACUGAAAGAUGUCUGCCUCAAGUUCAUUGUGUUGCCCGAAAAUUUAAGAGCUGUGAUGCAGACAGAUGGUUUUGAAUAUUUGAAGGAAAGCUGCCCUUGUGUCCUCGGUGAAUUGCUGCAAUAUGUGGCCAGGAUUGGCAAGCAUUCUGUCAAGGCUCGUGCCUACCAUAAUGAUCCCUACCUAGACGGGAGUGAUGUCAAUGGGAGGCGUGUGAAACCGAGAUUAUACUGAUUUAGGAUUAACAUUUAGAACAUCUUUUGCUGCAAAAAUAAGAAAAGAUUUUGUUAGGAUUCAGCCAUUUUUGUAAUGUAAUGACAAAUUACUGAUUUCUGAGUGGGGAAAAGAAUUUGAUGUUACUAGUCCAUUUGGUGUUUGGUUGUUGGGUAAAACUGUGUAACUCCGAAGGUUCAGCAGACUGAUUCUGUCAUAUGUCUUGUGUGUGCUACCUCUGUGCAGUUGAAAAAUAUGGUGUAUUUAUCCA